CGGGAACUUUGAAAGUAUUCUGAGUUAAGUCGCUAAACAACCGUUUUGGUCGGUCCGAUGUGUGGAUCAGUCCGUUUUUCAGAUGAGGACACUGAGGCCCCGGACAGUUGAGCUAGUUUGCCCCAGGUGACUCCUGCCUGCAAAGUGUGUGGCAGGAUUCGAAGCCGGCAGUCUGACGCCAGAGCCUGCUGUUUUCCACCUGUCCACGGAUGCUGUGGGCAUGUGUGAACCUGUCAGAGGAAAAGUUACCGGGACUUUGUAGAGGACACCAGCGUCAUGGAUCCACCACCACAUUCCCACCCCUCCUUCCUUGCUCUUCACUGUGACUCUUCAAGAGAAGUAUCUUAGGAUCUCCCAAUGGGGCAGCUUUGCUCUGGGCUCACAUUCCCUGUGAGCUGCCUGAUCCUGGUGUGGGUGACAGGCUCUGGGAGUGUUAAGGUCCUGCAGGAGCCCAGCUGCUUGUCUGACUACGUCAGCACCUCUGUCUGUCAGUGGGAGAUGGACAGUCCCACCGACUGCAGUGCCGAGCUCCGCCUGUCCUACCAGCUGGACUUCAUGGGGUCUGAAAACCGCACAUGUGUCCCCGAGAACCGAGAAGGCGCGGUGUGCACAUGCAGCAUGCCGAUAGAUGACGUGGUCGAAGCGGACGUCUAUCAGCUGGACCUGUGGGCUGGGAAGCAGCAGCUGUGGGGCGGCUCCUUCCAGCCCAGCGCGCAUGUGAAACCCAGGACCCCCGGGAACCUCACGGUUCACCCCAACGUCUCCCACACGUGGCUGCUGAUGUGGACAAACCCGUACCCUAGCGAGAAUCACUUGUACUCCGAGCUCACCUACAUGGUCAACAUUUCCAAUGAAAACGACCCCACGGACUUCAAAGUCUAUAACGUGACCUACAUGGGGCCUGCCCUCCGCGUGGCAGCCAGCACCCUCAAGUCUGGAGCAUCCUACAGCGCACGAGUGAGGGCCUGGGCUCAGAGCUACAACAGCACGUGGAGUGAGUGGAGCCCCAGCACAACAUGGCUUAACGACUAUGAGCCCUGGGAGCAGCACCUGCCGCUUAGCAUCAGCAUCUCCUGCCUUGUCAUCCUGGCCAUCUGCCUGUCCUGCUACAUCAGCAUCAUCAAGAUUAAGAAAGGAUGGUGGGACCAGAUUCCCAACCCAGCCCACAGCCCCCUAGUGGCCAUAGUCAUCCAGGACUCACAGGUGUCACUGUGGGGGAAGCGGUCCCGAGGCCAGGAACCAGCUAAGUGCCCACACUGGAAGACCUGUCUUACCAAGCUCCUGCCCUGUUUACUGGAGCACAGCAUGGACACGGACGAGGACUCCUCUAAGACUGCCAGAAAUGCGCCUUUCCAGGCUCCUGGAAAAUCAGCAUGGUGCCCUGUGGAGGUCAGCAAGAUGAUCCUCUGGCCAGAGAGCAUCAGCGUGGUGCAGCGUGUGGAGCUCCUUGAGGCCCCGGUGGAGAAUGAGGACGAGGAGGAGAUGGAGGAAGAUAAAAGAAGCUUCUGCCCAUCACCCGAGGGCAGCGGGGGCAGCUUCCAGGAGGGCAGGGAGGACAUCGCAGCCCGGCUGACGGAAAGCCUCUUCCUGGACCUUCUCGGGGGGGAGCCUGGGGGCUUUUGCCCACAGGGUUUGGAGGAGUCCUGCCUUCCUCCUCUAGGAAGUGAGUGCCCUCAGAUGCCCUGGGCUGAGUUCCUGGGUGCGGGGCCCCAGCCUCUGCACCCCAAGUCCACUCCUUGGGCCUCUCCAACCCCGAGGCCAGCCAGCCCGGCUUUCGUGGAGAUGCCCCCUGUCGUCACAGACAACCCCGCGUACCGCAGCUUCGGCAGCCUCCUGGGCCAGUCCGCAGCCCCCGGGGAGGGUGACUGCCACCCAGAGCCAGCCGAACGCCCCGGGGAAGCAGACCCCGGCAUCCCCUCCGCCCCCCGGCCUGAGCCAGAAAGCUGGGAGCAGAUUCUGCGCCAGAGUGUCCUCCAGCACCGGGAGGCCCCGGUCCCUGGCCCGGGCCCCAGCAGCGGCUACCGGGAGUUCAUGUGCGCCGUGCAGCAGGCCUGUGCCCCCGACGCCGGGGUGGCGGGCUCUGGUCCUUCCGGGGAAGCAGGGUACAAGGCCUUCUCCAGCCUGCUCCCGGGGACAUCUGGGGAUGAGGCCAGCCAUGGGGAGGGGGGCUACAAACCCUUCCAGAGCCUCACUCCUGGUGGCCCUGGGGCCCCUGCCCCCAUCCCCCUGUUCACCUUCGGACUGGACGUAGAGCCAGCGCACAGCCCUCGGGCCUUGGUCCUCGCAGGCAGCGCCCCAGGGCACCUGGAUGUGGAGCCGGCGGGGAAGGAAGGGGACAGCCACAAGACCCUGCUGGCCCCGGAGCAGGCCACAGACACCCUCAGGGACGACCUGGCCGGCAGCAUCGUCUACUCGGCCCUCACCUGCCACCUGUGUGGCCAUCUGAAGCAGUGGCACAGCCAGGAGGAGCGUGGCAAGGCCCACGUGGUGCCCAGCCCCUGCUGUGGCUGCUGCAGAGACCAGUCCUCGCCCCUGGUGAGCCCCCUGCGGGCCCCAGACACCCUGCCAGGGGGGGCUCCUCUGGAGGCCAGCCUCUCUCCAGCCUCCCUGGCCCCCUUGGGCAUCUCAGAGGAGGGCAAGCCCUCCCUGUCCUUCCAGCCUGCCCCCAGCAAUGCACAGAGCUCAAGCCAGACCCCUACAGAGAUGGCCAUGCUCUCCACUGAGCCCACGUGCAUCAGCGCUUCUUAGGUGUGUCCCCCCCCUCACCGCUGUCACGGGAGGGCCUUAGCCAGGCCUGUGACAGGCCUCCCCCGCCUCCCCGGAAGGUGGCUGGGCUGGCAGAUUUGCGAAAGUCUCGGAAAACCCCGGUAUGAAGUGGUGAGGUGGUCUGAUGUGGGAUUACAGAUACCGGACCCCCCCACCCCACCCCAUCUCCCAGCCUUGGCCUGGGCUCAGCAUAUCCCAUGGGAGUGGAUGGCAUGGGGUCGAGGUAGCUUCAGAGAUCAGGAGUUCCUUGGGCCCCUUGGCUUGUGCACCAGCCAUUGGCCACUUCAUCGGUCCCCAGCUUGUCCAGGGUGCUGUCCCUGUCAUGCCUCCCCCCGACCCCAGGCCUGCUUUGUCCACCAUGUCUUGCCCAGCCCUGGGAUUAGCUGCUGCUGCCUGUGAAUUGGACGCCGAGCCCAGCAACUAACCAAGCCAACGGGGGAAGGAUUUGGAAGCCUUGGGAAAUGGAUGGGACAUUAAAGUUCAGGAAGGGUGGUCAUUUGGCCAGAGGCGCCCAUUCAUUCAACAGACCUCCCUUGGGUUGACACUGGAGGUGGGAUCUGGGCUGGAGUGGGGAGGGCGUGCUUCGUCAAAUGCAGGCAACAGACACCAGAGGACACGGAAGGUUGUGAUCGUCAAGCCAUGACGAGUUGCCAUCAGGGUCCCACAUGACCGUAAGACUGGGGACUCCUGUGAAGCACGGGGCCUCUCUGUGCCCCCAUGGAUGCUUGCUGGCAGCCAUGGAGACGCCAGACAAAGAGAGUGGCUCCGGUCCAGUGACCCUGACAUGCUGGGCGUUCCAGACGGACCACACCAGGCACACUUAGCCUGCACAUUGACCUACCCCUCAGGUUGAGUAAUGCUUGUUUGCAUCUCAAAGAUUGUUUUAUCACCUGGUAUUUGUCUAGGCUGGGGAGGGUGGAGCAGGAGGGUGUGGAGUUUUGUAUAAAUAAAGGCUCUUUAUCUCCUUCCCCGCCCCCUCCUUCUUAAAUAAACAUACUGCUGGACCUGGUUGUGA